AUGAAAUACGGAAUAUUAUUUAUAUUUUUUUGCUGUGUAUUAAAGGCAAAUGCUUUAAAAUGUUACACGUGCUCCAUGGUCGGAAAUAAUAAAGAAGAUGCUUGUUAUAAGGACCCAGAACAUGCUGGUGGUACUGCUGUUACAAAUUGCAAAUAUAAAUAUUGUACUAUAAUCAGACAAGAAAAAAGGGAACCUAGAGGAGAAAUCGCGACGUUCCUGAGAGGUUGUGAAGAUAAUCCUGCGUUUGGGAACGAGCAAGUGGAGGACUGGUCUCAUAUUACGUAUUUUCGAAAAUGCUCAGAACCUUUAUGCAAUAGUGGUGAUGGAAUAAGAGUUUCCGGUGGUGUAAAUCCUGAUGGAAACGCAGGUGAAAAUAUUCUUGUGCCAGGACUAGGAGGCGGCACUGCAUCAACUAUCUCUUUAUCGGCUGCAUUCAUAGUAUUUUCUGUGUUAUUUUCAAUAGUAUUGUAA